AUAUGGCUGCAAACCACCCGAUCCACAUCCAUCCGGCACGACCGCUCUAUCGUUUUACAGCAACUGCUUUGGGUGCCAGCAUGUGGUUCUUUCUAAUGUAUCGAGCCAAGAAGGAUGGACCUGCUUUGUUGGGCUUGAAGCAUCCCUGGGACCACUGAAAUGCAAUUUACAUUGCGUUCCCCACGCUCCAUGAUUCCUUAAGCAGCAAGAAUUGAAGACGUAUUAUUCUAGUUAUCCUAUCUAUAACUCAAUGGGCAUCUAUAGUUUCAUGGAGCUUCAUGCUCUAUAUCCAACUGAUUAUUUUAUCUACUUCGGGACUGCGGAUAGCCACGAGGACAUCAAUAAUUUAGUAGAGAGCACAUAUCUGUGUAGACGAAUUACUAUUUGUAUUCAAUUUGGUUGUUAUAUCAAUGCCAUUUCAUAUCGAAUG